AUGGUUUCAGAAAAUCCUGCUCCACAUCGCAAAGAUGCCGAAUCGUUAACAAAUGAAAUUAAAAAGGAACGAAAUACCGAUAGCGAACCGAAGUCAUCAUCGACCCCUCAAGAUCCACCUCCAUUCGUUAAAGCAAUAUCGAAUUUAAGAUGUCCAUCACCACCGCCUAUAUUAAAUAACGGUAAUAAUAGUGCCGCUUUGAAAAGACCUGUAUCUCCAUCACCUAUUCUGGCAAAUCCAAUGUCGAUGUCCACACCAAAUAUUACUCAGCAGAGAGAAACGAUCCCAGCAGGAGGUGUAGUAUUGAAAGAAAAGGAAAAGGUAGCGAAUCAGAGUGCAACAUCAGUAAUACCCCUGCAAGUACAAGAACCUUCAUUCAAUGUUCCUGAGGUGCGGGAACCGGGGUCUAGUGUCAAUUUCAAUCAUUAUAUAAGCCCAAUUUCAUCCCCAGCGGGAUCUAAUGUUACGGGGUCCAAUAAUUCCUUGACCAGUUUAGACUAUUUGUCAAAUCCCCCAUCACAGAGUACUCACCAUAAGGUCCCGUCGGUUCAUGCUCAUUUCUAUGUCGAUGAGACUGUGAAACCCGGAAAAGCCAUAAGUAGAUCGAGAAGUAGCUCUGCUAGUGACUACCCGCCUACUACAUUACCAUCCAACAACGCAAGGAAUGCUUCUAAGAAGGAUAAAAAAAAUGAUCCUAAUUCAUUUGCACCUCCUAGUAUAGACAGCGUACUUGGACCUAAUGAACAAAAUAGCAAUAUAGAUCCAAGGCUUCCUCAAGAUGAUGGCAAAUUACAUGUAUUAUUAGGUGUUUGUGGUGCUUUAUCUACGAUUAAAAUUAAACUAAUAAUAAAUAAGUUGAUCGAGAUAUAUACGCCUGAUAAAAUAUCAAUUCAGAUAAUAUUGACUAAAUCGAGUGAAAACUUUAUUCCUCAGGAAGUGUUGCAUCAUUUAGAAAACAAUAAAAAGAUCCGUGUUUGGAGAGAUUCUGAUGAAUGGAAUACUUGGAAAACAAGACUGGAUCCUGUUUUGCAUAUUGAAUUACGUCGUUGGGCGGAUAUCUUAAUCGUCUCGCCUUUAACAGCUAACACAUUAUCUAAGAUUUCAUUAGGUUUAUGCGAUAAUUUACUAACCAACGUUAUACGGGCUUGGAAUACUUCAUUUCCUAUUUUGCUAGCUCCUUCUAUGGUUAGUGCUUCAUAUAAUGCUGUUACUACGAAGAGACAGUUACGGUUAAUUUCGGAAGAGAUGCCAUGGAUAGAAUUUUUGAAACCGGUCGAGAAGGUUGUGGGGAGUUAUGGUGAAAUAGGAAUGGGUGGUAUGAUGGAUUGGAAUGAGAUAGUCAAUCGAAUUGUUUUAAAAUUGGGUGGUUAUCCAGAUGAAGAAGACGAAGAUGAUAAUGAAGCUGAAGAGAAGAAAGAUGAUAACGAAGAAGCAAUUAUAGAUGAUGAAGAUGAUGACGAUGAUGAUGACGACGAUGACGAUGAUGAUGACGACGACGACGAUGAAGAUGAGGAUGAGGAUGAGGAUGAUGAAGAUGAUGGUGGUCAAGGUGAAGAUAAUACUGAAAAUAAGAAUUCUGUAUCCCAGACAGCAGAAACCCUACAAUCUUUAAUUAUUGAAGAAGAGUCUACCAACACUUAA